AUGUUGCACGACUGCCUCUUCACAAGCUACAAGCGUUAUAAAGCGGACACGGACUAUAUCGCCCAUUGGCUCGCCACUACUGCCAAACAAUGCGGUUAUGUCACGCACCACGAUCCUCGCGAAACGCCACUCAAGACGCCAAACAAGCUGAAAGGAAGAGCCAGGACCCUCGCAAGGCGUGACGCAGAAAACGCAAAAAAGCAAGAAGAUGGGGCCUCGAGCGCUUCCUAUACCAUAGCCAUUCAAGACUUCCUUCCCAUGGCUCAGCAGAUAUCCUCAUUCAGCAAACCCCCUGUCAAGGUUCCGGAACACUUCAUGAGAGUGAUUGAACGAGCCAUAUCCCUGCGCAGAAAGGUGAGCAAGGCUAUGGCAGACCCGCAAUAUUCAGGGUCCUCGCGGUCCUCCACCAACCUGGAAUCGGAUUCGCGUCACGCUCACUUUGUGGACAUCCUGGUCAACGUGCAACAGAAAUUAGGCCAUCUUGUCGCUGAGAAGGGGCAGAGUGGCCCUAGACCACAAGAAGCUGCCAAGUCUGAUGACAGGUCUGGCUUCAACUUCACCAAUAUGUUCGAUUGCCUGUCAACAGAUGAUUUGUCAACGACCGAGCAAGACAACGACGGUGACAAGCCGGGCCAACAUCUUCACAAGGAAAUACCACGUGUCAUGCCAGACCUGUGCUGCAAGGCUGAACGACCCAAAGACUCUCUUGAGGCAUCCGUGGCAUUUGUGUGUCUGCUGAGUGACAUGCAACAAAUGCGUGAAGUGAUUUCAGACUGCUGGAGGGGUUAUCAAAGAGGUACCCUCGAUCUGACCACAGCUGCCUUGACCUCGAAUACAGCUUUUGAGCUGGCAUGGCGCUUGGAAGGAGACUUGGAAGACCUUACUGGAGAUGGUAACGUCGAAUCGCUUCUGAAAAGCCAGCAUGCCAUACUCUGUCAACGCAUGAGAGAUUUGCCAGAGUACACUGACCUGAGCGAGGAUGACUUCGAGUUUGCGACGCACAACGCCGCACCAGAAGCCUUCUUGUGGUCGGCCUACAAGCAUUUGAGAUAUUUCCUGGACCUCGGAUGUAUGAAGACUGUGGUUAGCCCAUCGGCAGACACCUACAGACCCGAGUCUGGUUGCUCAAGGACGCUGGAACAACAGGCGUUCCUGGAAGACCGCCGCUUCCUUAGCCAGGUAUUUUCCGACAUCAUGGUAUAUAUGGGAGGCCAGGACGUCCACGGCGACUCACACAUUGACGAAUUGACCCGGGGCUUUCUCGACAUGUUUUGGUCGGCCAGGGUACCUUUGUGGCUCGCUUUCGCCACGCAAGUCUUCCUUGACAUCCACCACAUGCUGCACAAGCAGAUUGGCAAAGGCUUCGAGCUACUUCAGAUGGUCGGUAAAAUGAUAGUACUCUCCAUGGAAGACCAGGCCAAGCAUCAUCACAAUGGAUCCGACGGACCAUUCCAUCCGUUUGCUGAGGCAUUUGACUACUUGAGUCGAAUGAUCCGCGAUAUCUGCGAGGAGGAUCUCCUGCAGAGGGCUCGCGAUGUGACAAAUCUGUUUGACGGGCAGCAAAUUGAAUCGUUCCGGUUCCUGAAGAUGAAUCCAAUCUCAUGUGGGAUCAAGCUCUACGCCAUCAAAGCCCUGUACCGCCACCUGGCUCUGGAAUUUGUCAACUGCCGCUCCGACGCCAUCCUCUCUUGUGCUCAUCUGAACAAUGCCUUGAUCCAGGAAGGCUAUAUGCAAGGUCGGUGGCGAGACAUGGACUUUGUCUACAAGGCCCAGGAUGAAUCGAAUCUGUACGCCGGUGCAGCUCCCCAAACCCCUGACGAUUGCCACAAGCGCUUUUGCUUGGCCGUCCUCGGUUUCUCCAUCACCAAUUUCGCGCGGAACCGGAGGAAGCCACAUAACAUUGCGCUCAAAGCGAACGGACAUAGAGUCUUGGAAAAGCGGACUCCCAUUUCCGACGCGUUCUUUCACCGGUACUGCUUCCAACAAGACCGGAAGAAUCUCAGUGCACAAGAAUUACUGGACAUCCUGGGCACGAACAAGCGGAAAGUCAUGGUGGAAGCUUCGGAGGGCGAGGAGGCGCUCAUGUGUGACAUUGUGAUCCCCAAGGCUCCAUCACGGGAGCCGAAAGCGUCGAAAAAGGCUCGCCGCGCUGUUACUCCAGACAUCAGCCCCGUAGGCGUUCUUCGCAAGCUGCGCCAAUCGCUGGAGGCGGAGUCGCUGGAGCUCUCGCUCGACUAUAUGACGAUGCACCGCAUAUGCACCCGGCUCCUCCUCUCUGUGCGAGAUGCAGUGGCAACGCAGAUGCAAGACCUCUACGGAACAGCCCCAAGACAGGAGAGAGGCCUCCCAUUGGUUGUGCUGUUUAUUCUGAGUACCCUGGUGGCUGGGAAGGGCAAGUCCAAGUUGAACAUCCUGCCGUUUCGCAAGGAGGGUUACAAAGGCAUUGGAGACGAUCUCAUGCGCAAAGCAGCCGCUCAAGUCGAGGAGAUGACUUCCAAAAAGCGGGAAGGAUGUGAAUGCGUUGUCGGGAAAGGGCUCACGCACGGAGAGACCGUCGUUGCACGGGCCCAUACGUUUACUGGAAUGGCAUACCGCGUUCAUUCAGGCCACGAGGAGCAUUGA